UCCAGUACGGGGUAUAUCUGAAUUUCGUUCAUUUAUUAAAAAUCAAACAAGACAAAAAAAACACGUUUCAAAUGGACAGCAGCAUAGAAGUAAGUUUGGAAACAGUCAGUGAAGUUGUUUCUUCAUUACAAAGAGUUGUGGCAAGCUUCAUCGGACCCAAUUGUAGUCAGACCCUUUUGACCUCUGAAACAGGUAAGGCAGUGGUGACCAGUGAUGGAUUCACAAUCAUUGAGGCUCUCAGUCCAGCCCAUCCCGUGGCAGGGAUGGUCUUCAAGGCUUUGAAAAGCUGUCACAAAUCUACAGGAGAUGGAAGCAAGACAUUCCUUCUCUACCUCAGCUUCCUGAUUAAAGAAAUCAACUUUGAGAUCAGUCAGGGAAAAUUCUGUCACAAUGGAGCAAAUAAACAUGGUAGCAGUGGAAAAGAUUUGGCCAAAAAUGGAGCAGUCUGUGUCAGACAUGCCUUAAGGGAAAUUGUUGGCAAUGUUUUACCUGAAAUUGAGAAAAAUGUGUACCAAGAAAGUUUAAAGCUGAGGGAAAGACUUGCUAAAAUAAGAAACAGAGGUGAAAUCCAUAUUAGUGUUUGUCAAACAAUGUUCAUGCCUCAUUUCAAUCCAAAGGUUAGCAAAUUUUUAGCUGAAUUUGUCAUGAAAAGUUUAUCAGGCAUUCAAGAUGAUCAAGAAUUGUUUAAAGAUAGUUUAACAUUUGUGGUGAAAAACUUCUUUGCUAUUUCUAUCAAAGUCCCAAAUCGAGCGUUCUCAGAAUGCAGCGUGUUUGAGCCACUCUUGAUCAAGAAUAGAAUAAAGGGGACAGCAGAAAUGAUGACUCAAACAUCGGCCAAAGCUGUGAUACUGAAAUGUGGAAUCGAUGAUCUCAGAUCAGGUGAAAUCGCACAUGAAACAGUGCAUGUAAGACCAGGACAAAUUACGGCAUUGUUGCUACAGAGGAGAAAAGUUGUGACCAAGUUUGCCGAAAAAUGUGAAGAUAAUGGAGUGACUUUACUUGUCUGUACUGAAAACAUUCCUGAUUAUGCAGUAGAAAUUUUGCAAAGGCAUAAUAUAUCUGUGAUAACUUAUGUGACGGAAGAAUCGGUAGAACUGCUUGAAAACCUGACAAGCAAGAUAAGUUUAGCCACUGCGUCUGAAAAAAUAGAUGGUACAAAUGUUAUUGCUCUGAAAUCUGUCAAAGAGAUUAUUAUAGGUGGACAGAUUUAUACACAUUUGGAGGUUUCUAAGCUGCAGUCAUGGAAACAUUUAAUUAUUUGCGGUCCAGCUGUUGGAUUGUGCGACCAGGUUGCUAUAACAUGCCAGAAAGCGUUGAUUUGCUUAAAGAAAUGUUACAUUUUUGAAGAUAAUUUGGCAGAUGAAUUAGGAGUAGGUCAUGAACAUCUAAUAAUGUCUAAAGGUAGAUUUACUUCACAUGCUGAUUCACAUGAAGAUAGUUCUGAUGGAAAAGAAUCUACCAGUAUGCAACAGAGAUAUAACUCAGAAGCUCGUUCAGAAAUGAUAUCUGAAAUGGGAUGUACUUCUGGCAAAAAUAAUGUUAAAACUAACACAAAUAGUUCUACCAUGUUUUUUAUUUUACCAGGUGGAGGAUCAUUUGAGGUGUUGAUGUCGAAUUUGUUUUCAGAACAAAAGCUCUGCAGUGGAGAAGCUAAUGUUUCAACACUGUGUAGGGUGAUAGAGAGAGUGUUCAAAGACUUUGUUCAUAGCCUAUAUGAGAAUAUGAACAUCACAAGGGCAGAUAAUAGAGGUUUUCUAGGUGCUUGGACAAUGUUAACAGAGAAACUCAAGGAAGGUGAACUUUAUGGCUUUGACAGAAGGGCAAAUCUUGCGGAUUUGUUGGAAAAAGGGAUUUAUGAACCUACUCAAACCAAGUUGCAUAUAUUCAGAUGUGUUCUAAGUCUGGUUGAGCAGCUGAUUGGAGUUGAUAGAAUUGUAAAUGUGAAAAGUCUCCCAGCUGAUGAAUCUGACAGUGAUUGAAGAAAAAAUCUGAUUGUUUUGCUUAGCUGUGAAUGAUCAUUAUGUUCAGGUUUGUACACUGGUAUUGGUAACAUUUUACAUAUAUUGUUAUGCUUUACGUGCUUAAUUUAAUGAACAAAAAUAAAGACUCUGAAAUUA